CGUCAGGUAGGUCCGACAUUCAUUCGUCUUUUCGACAGUCGGCUUUUGUUAUUUUCAUUGUCAAUUAUUUUCAUCAUGUCUGUACGCGUCGUGGCCAGGAUACGGCCACUCCUGAAGCAGGAGCUGGACAAGGACACCAUCGUCACCGCCGAAUCCCCAGCUGGCAACGAUGCCGCCCCGACCGUCAUUCGGAUGCCGAAUCCCAAGAACGAGAACGAGUUUUUCAGUUUCCAAUUCAGCUCCGUGUACGAGCAGGAGGCAACGCAGCAGCAGCUCUUCGAUGGAGAAGUGUCUCCAACUGUAAAGCACUUGUUUAAGGGAAUUGACGUGCAGAUAUUUGCCUAUGGUGUCACGGGUACCGGCAAGACUCACACGAUGCGUGGAGGCAAAUCUUUGGCAGAUCGAGGUGUCAUCCCUAGAUUGCUAAGUAACAUCUACCGAAGAUGUCGAAAGGUCGAGAAGGACACCGCCGGUGCAACGCAAGUCGAGGUUGCUUUGAGCUACUACGAGAUCUACUGUGACCGUGUUUACGACCUGUUCGAGCCUCCGGAGAAGCGAACACCGUCUGGUCUUCCCAUACGAGACAAUGGAGGCAAGACGGUCGUUGUGGGCUUGACUGAGAAACCGUGCACGUCUCUCAAGGAGUUUGAGCAUCUAUACGAUCAAGCUAACAUCAACCGAUCUACAUCAUCGACAAAACUAAAUGCUCACUCGUCACGAUCUCACGCCAUCCUAUGCGUAAAAAUAACCCAAACCACCGAAGACACAGUCCGCGUUAGCCGCGCUUCUGCCAUCGAUCUAGCUGGUUCAGAAGACAACCGCCGCACAGAAAACAACAAGGAGAGACUGGUCGAAAGUUCCGCGAUCAACAAGUCGUUGUUCGUCCUUGCCCAAUGCGUAGAGGCUAUCAGCAAGAAACAGAGCCGGAUCCCGUACCGUGAAUCAAAGAUGACGCGCAUCCUGUCUCUCGGUCAGAACAACGGACUCACCAUCAUGAUCCUCAACCUGGCCCCUGUGCGUUCAUACCAUCUCGACACGCUCAGCUCCCUCAACUUCGCGAACAGGACGAAGAAGAUUGAGGUGGCGGAGAUCGAGAACGAGCCCAUGCAACGGGUGAAGCCUCUGGCUGCUACGGCCAGCAUUGGAGGCGCCAACAUUGCCAGACAGCCUCUGCGGGCCUUGACUGCCGCGGCACACAACACAACCCUCCAAGACAAGGAGAACGAGAAGAAGAAGCCAGGGUCCAAGCCAGUCAAAGCUUUCUCAGUCUACUCCGACGCUCGCAAGACUACUACUUCGCGGCCAUCUGCGAUCCCUGCGCAGAACCAGGGCAUCCGGAGAGCUGGUGAAACUCAUAAACGAGCUGCCGACAGCACACUAGUGCCGCGUCCUAUGAAGACCUCGAGGACCGGCGAAGGUGCCGCGCGAUUCCAAGAGCCGGGCUUGUCGAAGGAAUCAAUAGAAGCUUUGAUCGCACAGCGUAUCGACGAGAAGCUGGCCGAGAAAGCGCUACAGGACGCUGCAGCAUCUGCUCCCGCUCUUUCCUCAGACCUACAGAAACGUUUGGAUGAGCUUGAGCACAGGAUAGAUGCGCAGGAGGAAGACGGAAAAGCACAGGGACUCCAAUUCCUCCUCAUGGCGAAGCAACACCAAGUACGCGGAGAAGAAGCGAGCGCCCUGCGCAUGUACCAACUCGCCGCGCCCUUCUUCCCCGGAAACGAGAAGCUAAAGACGAAGAUGCGAACACUGGAAGACCGAAUCCGAACCAAGAAGGAACUUGCGUCCGCCAUGCCUCUCCCUACUACAUCGAGCCUCAUGGCACCCUUGAAAGCGCAAAGCAAGCCAGCAAAGGCAAGAGCGGUGUACAGAGACGACUCCGAAGACGAAGACUUCGUAGCCGCCGCCGAUCCCGACGAGUCCUACGCCUCCGACGGCAGCUUCGACUACCGACCGAAAGCCGCCCGCAAGCCCAAGAAGACGGCGAAGAAACUCCCAAUCUUCAGAGACACGGCAGAGGUGUCCGAUCUGAGCGCAGCGGGCCCAGACUGCCAGCAGACGCCACGCACGACACAUCUCCUCAAGAUCAUCAACUCCCGCGACGUCAACCAGAUCAAAGCCCUCAAGGGCGUCGGCAACAAAAAGGCAGACGCCAUCGUGAAUUGCCUCGUCGAGAUGGAAGCAGCUGAGGUGCACGACCUGGAAAGCCUCGCCAUGCUGAAGGGCGUCGGGGGGAGGACCGUGGAGAACAUGCGCGUUGGCUUGACUGUCGCCUACGAUUUCUGAUUCUAGCGGUGACCGGCCAUGACGAGGGCGUACUGGCGUUGGCGUUCAAAAGGACAGUCUCUCGCUCGGUUGAGUUGAGACGUGUCUCUAGUUAUGUUGUUUCGGUGUUGCAUACCCCAGCGUUUUGGACGACGCAUGGCAAUGGUGUUCUGGCGUUCUUGAAGCGUAGCAUUUCCAUGGUGAAGAUGCGUGGCGUUUCCUCCUUCUGCUUUCUCUUCUUCUUCUGUUCUUUCUGCUUCUCAUGUCCGAGCGCAUGUGGUCAUUGUACGUUGCUUGCUAUCAUAGACCUGCAUAUCCCCCCGGUAUCAUAUCUAGCUCAUGACAAGAUUCGACAUUGAAAGACAUUCCAC